AAUUCCCGGCGGGGCGGAAGCUCUGGAGCUCCGGGAGGAUCCCAGCGACGGGCGGGUGGCCACAGGGUGCCCUGAAAUAGCGGGGACCAUGGCCGGGGUCGCGUGCUUGGGGAAAACUGCGGACGCAGAUGAGUGGUGCGACAGCGGCCUCGGCUCGUUGGGUCCCGACGCGGCAGCUCCCGGAGGAGCAGGGCUGGGAGCGGAGCUGGGCCCAGCCCUGUCGUGGGCGCCCCUCGUCUUUGGCUACGUCACUGAGGAUGGGGACACGGCCCUGCACUUGGCUGUGAUUCAUCAGCAUGAGCCCUUCCUAGAUUUCCUCCUAGGCUUUUCGGCAGGCACUGAGUACCUGGACCUGCAGAAUGACCUUGGCCAAACAGCCCUACACCUGGCAGCCAUCCUGGGAGAGGCAUCCACAGUGGAGAAAUUGUACGCAGCAGGCGCUAGGUUGCUAGUGGCAGAGCGAGGGGGCCACACUGCAUUACAUCUGGCGUGCCGUGUACAAGCACAUGCUUGCGCAUGUGUGUUGCUGCAGCCCCGUCCCCGGUACCUUCAGGAAGCCUCCAGUACCUACCUCACUCAGAGCCCUGACCACACCUCCAAUACCAGCCAUACCCCUGUUGCUGUGUACUCUGAACCUGACUUAGAGAAGAAAGAGGAGCAGAAUGAAGAAGACUGGAAACUACAAUUAGAGGCUGAAAACUAUGAAGGCCACACUCCACUCCAUGUAGCCAUCGUCCACAAGGAUGCAGAAAUGGUCCAGCUGCUCCAGGAAGCUGGAGCUGACCUCAAUAAAUCGGAGCCCACGUGUGGGCGGAGCCCCCUGCACUUGGCAGUGGAAGCCCAAGCAGCUGAUGUGCUAGAGCUUCUCCUAAGGGCAGGUGCUGACCCCGCUGCCCGCAUGUAUGGGGGCCGCACACCACUUGGCAGCGCCUUGCUCCGGCCCAACACCAACCUUGCCCGCCUCCUCCGUGCAUAUGGAGCCCCUGAGCCUGAGGAUGAGGAUGACAAGCUCGGCCCUUGCAGCAGCAGUAGUGAGAGUGACAGCGACAGCAGGGACGAGAAUGAUGAAUAUGAUGACAUCAUUGUCCACAGUGGUAGGAGCCAAAACCAGCUACCUCCCACUCUGGCAUCCAAACGUCUUCCUGAUGAUCCUGACCCUGCCUGACUUAAGUGCUAAUAUAAUUUUCAAAUUAAUAAAAAUCUUAGUUUUGCCAACCAAA